CGACUCCGGACGACGACUGGCAUGGACCAGACAAACAGACUGGCACUGGCAUCGCGAGAGUCGUCAGGAGUCGUUCGUGGUGACCCCAUGGUCACUCCACGGUUCACUGAGACAAGGAGCAUUGACGCUGGUUCUCUGGUUAUGCGACAAUAAUUGACAAACGUCGAAUAUACUUUGGAAGAUCUUGGAACUUCCAAUUUCGACGAACUCAAUCGUUUCUUAUCAUAUCCGAUUAGCGAUUUCAAGUCAAGUUUGCGAGUUUGUCAAGUUUGUCAUUUAUCGUGCUUCCGCAGUGAUAAAGUGUUUCGAAGUGCUGAGAUAUCGAAAUGUGUGUACUAAGAAAGUUUUAAAAAAACCAAAUUCAACAAAAAUCGGUAAAAUAAAGAUACUCGAGGCAGCGAAGUGAUUAAUUUCUUUUAUUUUUAAUAGAAAUUCAGAUUAAUAGUUACCGCGGAGGAGAUAUUGAUACCGAUACUUCGGUCGUGAGUGAAGAGAGAGAGAGAGAGAGAGGCUAUCGCGAGAAAAGGCAAGAAAUCAUAAUUGAAAGUUAGAUUUGAAAACUAGAAAUGGAGUUAAUAAAUUCGAGUCUUUAGCAACUGUCUUUAGCAAACUGUAAUGUACCGUAAGAACGUGAUCAACAGAACGCGUAGGGAAUCAUCAUCAGGGAAGACGCGAUGCACGACAAGUUUCUCCUCUCUCUCAGUGAAGUCGUUGAAUUCCGGCACAAUCGUAGCAGUAGCAUAGAAUUUUCGAUACGUGUCUGUAGGAAAGACGUGCGGGACAAUCAACCGAGUUGUUGGCACCAAGAUUUUCAUGGUACCAACGGGCGAAACGACGGGACGAGUCGCAACACGAGGUCACCAAGCCGUUAAGGACAUUCGAGGACGAAGAGCUCCGCCUGUGAUUGUGUGCGCGCGCGCGAGCGAUGUUCAUUCCUGACAACGAAACCGCAACGCGCGCAAUUGUCGCCGUGCCGGGCGUCGUUGAUCCAGAUCACCGUUCACCAGGAUUCGCAUCGAUCGAGAUCACCGUUAUUCAAGAAUCCCGAUCGUUGUCUCGCGGUGAUAAUCGGGAUAAUCUUUAGAUUUUCAACCGCUUAGGCCAUGAGUUCUUGAACAUCAAGCUACGUAGUUCGUAGUAGCAGCUCGGACAACUUUUAAUCUCGAAUCAUCUAUUCAAGAUACUCGAUCUAUGAUCUAUUAAGUCGUUCCAGAAGUCGUUUUUGUUGUAUAUAUUCGCCGCGAUAUUUGCUGCAAAGCGGAAGAACUGAAGAAUCACACAAGAAUUAAAUGUAAGAAGCGAACAAUCAAGGAACUUCUUUCUUUCACAGAUUAGGUAAAUGAACAGACGAAAGUGAAGAGAAGAAAAAAAAAAGAAUUUAUAAGACAGGGAGGAGGAGAAAAAUUGAAGAAUUCUGUUCAGCACGAACUGAAGUUUCUUGCAGAGCGAAAAAGAAAAGUCAAAAGGAAGAAGAGCAAGGAAUCAAAGAAGAAAAUAAGAAAAGGACAUUGAAAUUAAAAAAAAACAAUUUGUCUCUCUCUCUCUCUCUUUGAUAUCAUCAUGUCAGCCCGAAAGAUUGGAUGGCUGAUGCUUAUAGCCAUCCUCGGUGGUCCUAUCAGUAACGCCGAAAGGCUAAGCGGUUUAUAUGUAGACAACGGUUUUGACCAGACGGUAAUCCAUCGAGUGAUCAACAAUCGUGAGAAACGCGAAGUGGAGUAUGAAAUCUUGGAUUUGUUGGGACUCCCUGAUCGUCCGCGAAACACCAUCCACAGGCCCCCUCAAGUCAAGAGGUCGGCGCCCAAGUUUCUGUUGGACAUCUACAAGAAUACCCUUGACGGGGGGGACAAGGAAGAGAAAUCAGCGAUGCGUUAUCACAAGGCCGGAGAAUUUGAUCUCAGCGGGCAGGAUCUGAAAGCGAUCGAUCAAAGCGAUGUCAUCAUAACUUUCGCAGCCCACAAUCAUCACGUUGCCGGGGUGAGACACGAGCGUGGGAAGAGGCUCUGGUUCGAUGUGUCCGAGAUACCACCUGAAGAAUACAUAAUCGGCGCUGAGCUUAGGCUGUAUCAAAGUACACAUGUGAAAAAUCGAAAGAAUCAUGGCUCCCACACGAUCACGGUGUAUCAAGUGUUGAAGAUCGAAAACGGCACUCGAGAAUUACAGUAUAUCGAUGCCGUGAAUGUUACGAGCAGCAAGGAGGGCUGGUUGACAUUGAACAUCAGCGAGGCUCUUGAUCACUGGGUGAACAACCCGGACGGAAAUCGAGGGCUGUAUCUCUCUGUGCAUUCUGCUGAUCGUUCAGUUAGCAUUCGAGAUACAUCAUCCGCGAUAGCGUCGUCUUGUCUUCCCACACUGAUGAGAUACAUUUACGAAUACGAGAUGUGCUCGCGUCGAAUUCAAGAGGCCAGCAAUCUCGAGGAAAGGAUAAGAGAGGAAAGGAUAUAAA